AUGCGGUCAAUGCACGCAUCCCAGGUUCAAAAAAAUGUAGAUGUAGACGAAGUUCAUCGCAUUCCACCUCAAUUGAAUUAUAAGUAUCUUGCCGAGAAUGCCGAAGCGGUUGAAGAUAAUAUGCGAAAAAGAAAUUAUGACGGGAAUUCUGCUCAGUUACUCAAGAAAUUGUACCUGUCUCAAAUCCAAAGUCUGUCAGACGCUGAACAGUUCAAAAUUCAGCGCGAUGAAGUAAAUAAGCAGAUCCGAUCGGCAAAGAGCAAGGAUGAGCGACAGAUUUACAUUGACCAAGCAAAACAUCUCAAAGAGCAGCUCAGAGUAGCAGAAGAAAAAGCUUCUGCAAUUGAAGCUGAAAUGGUCACUCAGGCUUUAAUGAUUCCCAAUGACACUCAUCCUGACGUUCCUAUUGGUCCUGAAGAGAACGCCAAGAUUCUCAAGAUUGUGGGUGAAAAGAGAACUGAGAGUUAUCCUCUGUUAGAUCACCUUACGUUGAUGGAACGUCUAGACCUUGUUGACUUCCAACAAGCUGCUCUUGUAACAGGGUCCAAGUUUUUCUAUCUCAAGAAUUCUGGUGUCUGGCUUGAAUUUGCUUUGAUCCAGUACGCCAUGGAUAAGGCUGCUAGCCGUGGAUUUACGCCUAUAAUUACUCCAGACGUAGUAAGAACAUCGAUUGCAUACGGAUGUGGAUUCCAACCCCGUAAGAAGGAAUCAUCUCAAAUUUAUGACAUCUCAACAACCAGCACUGUCAAUACUACCACACCAAAAUUGUGCUUGGCGGGUACAGCUGAGAUCCCACUUGCCGGAAUGUAUGCUAAGAAGAUGAUCAAUGAAGACGAGCUACCCAAGCGUAUGGUUGGUUUCGGGCGGGCUUUCCGUGCAGAGGCUGGUCAUGGAUCAGCAGAAGAGAGAGGUCUUUACAGAGUUCAUCAGUUCUCGAAAGUUGAAUUAUUUGCAGUAGCAGCACCAGGUCAGAGUGAUGGCAUUUUACAAGAAUUCAGAGAAUUACAAGAGGAACUCUUUACUGAGCUUGGACUAUGCUUUAGAGUACUCGAUAUGCCAACAGAAGAACUAGGUGCUAGUGCAUAUAGAAAAUACGACAUUGAAGCUUGGAUGCCAGGAAGAGAAGCAUGGGGAGAGAUUUGCUCAACAUCGAACUGUACUGAUUACCAAACCAGACGCUUGGAUAUCAGAUAUCUUUCUUCUCAGUUCAAGGAAAACGUUGGUCCUAAAGACGUUAGAGUGCCAUGGCACAUAAAAGAGAAAUGGGUGAACUAUUGUCAUACUCUGAAUGGAACAGCAAUGGCAGUUCCUAGAGUGAUUAUUGCUUUGGUUGAGACUUAUCAGCAAGAAGAUGGCACAAUUAAGGUACCAGAAGUACUUCGAAAGUGGAUCCCUGGACAACCUUCAAUCUUAAAGUAA